UCCAAUCACACACAUUCUCAUUCUCUCUCCCUCUCAACAAAACAAAAAAAACACACGCAAACUCAUCAAACCGUUACAACAAUGGAAAUUGAAACAACCCAACCAAUGAUAGUAACAAAGAAAGUAUGGAACACACUACGUCUAAUUUUGUUAAUGUUAAAAAAAAACAUAGCCAAAAGCAAAAAGGUAGCACAAUUAAAUCUCUUGCUAAAACGUAGCAAGCUCGCCGCUAUCAAAGCCAUAGCCAACCCUCUCACCCUCCGCCACCACCUGUUCGCCUCCUUCAUCUCUCCCAACGACUACGAGUUCAGCUGCAGCAACAGCCCCGCCGUCAUUAAAUUCCUUAACAAAAAUAAAAACCAUCACCGCGGCUGCCACCACGAUGAUGUUUCCACCAUUCAAAAGGUUUUAGAAAUUCUCAAUAAAGUUGAUGCUUCUUCUUUCUCUUCUCCUUCUCCUUUAGUGACAUUUCCUGGGUUUGGAAAAAGUCCCGUUGGAAAAAAAUUUAGAGUCACUGAUUCUCCAUUUCCUCUAAAGGAAGAAGAAGGUGAUGAUGAUCAUAGUCAUGUUGAUGUUGCGGCUGAAGAAUUUAUUAAAAAGUUUUAUAAGAAUCUUAACUUGCAACAAAAAUUGGCGGCAAUUCAGUCACCUUACAACAACUCCCGUGAUAAAUAGAACAUUUAUCCCUCCGUAGUCAAACCUCAGUCGUUAAAUUGAAUCAAUACAAAGAUUUAAUUCAACAACUAGGAUUUGACUAGAAGUUUGGACUAAAAGAAGGGAGAAAAAAAAACGCUGGAUUUGAUUUUUUCGUCAAGUUGACUAAUGGCUGGAAAUGGUUACAACUUCUUUCUAUCAUAUGUGUAAGCACCUUAUACAUUUUACUACUUUGUGAAGUAAAAAGUCAUGUGAUAAUGAGUCUGAUAGCACGUGAUUUGAUUUGCUAUGAUUUUGUGGUUUUUUCUUUGCCCCCUCUUGCG